AUGGGAGAUCGUACCAAGAGAAGACGCCUCAACAGCGACACAAGUCCGAUUCCAGACAUCAUAGUCGAUAAGAAUUCGUGGAAUGGCUUCUGCGAGAUUGAGUCUGAGCCAGCCUUCUUCAAUGUCAUGCUGCGAGAAUUCGGCGUCGAAGGUGUCAAGACGGUCGACAAUGCCUGUGCCAGCGUGGCUCUCUUAAACAUAGUGAACAACAUCGACGAUAUCACGCUAGGAGAUACCCUUGCCAGCUUCAAGGAGUUCACCAUGCCAUUCACACCUGCACUAAGGGGCGACGCUAUAGCCAACUUUGAUUUCAUCAAGAAAAUUCACAAUUCAUUUGCACGUUCCAUGGACAUUCUCAACUCCGACCUAUCACUCAAAGACGAGGCUGUAGCUAGUAAAUCUAGCCGUCAGAAUGAUAACAGUGCGUCUAACGAAGCGGCUUUUCAUUUCAUCGCAUUUGUGCCAGCAUUGGGCCGAGUAUGGAAAUUCGAUGGCUUGGAGCGUCAGCCUCAGGAUCUCGCACCCUGCACUGACGGCGACUGGCUUGAACAAGUUCGAUCCCAUCUUCUCGAGAAAAUGACGGCUUAUGCAGAGGACCAGAUUGAAUUCUCGGUGCUGAGUGUGGUGCGAGAUCCGCUCAAGGACUAUACCGAACAAUUGGCUCGCAACGUCAAGUGUUUACAGAACAUUCGCCAACAUUUGAACGAGACUCAGCUCGGAGAUAUCAAGGCUGUACUUGGUGCUGAUGAUUUUGACGGUGUGACGCUGAAAUCAGAUCCGGCGUUGGGACUUACGGAUGAGUGUCUAAUGGCCGUCGAACCUUCGGAGACUGAGAAAAGUAUCAGCGAUAAUGACCUACCGCAGGAAUAUGUCCGGCUAGUUAGUAACCAGCAAGGCAUUAGGCUAUCAAUUGAAGAAGAAAAGGAGUCCCGUCGGAGCGAGGAGGCGUCUGCAGAGGUUAGGAGACAUGAUUGUGCGUCGGCCGUGGAAUUCUGGGCUCGCGCACUAGCCAGCAAAGGUGUUGUCAAGGAGCUACUUGGCUAG